CAAAGGGAAAGGUCACGAAUGAGGACGGCGAUGAAUGCGCAGAAAUGUCCUUCUUCCACCUUGUACUCGAAGCAGGCUUGUACGCGGAACAUCACUGUCAUUAGUCUCGAGGCGAGUCGUCUUGUCACAAGGAGCUGUUGCUACCGACAAUAAGAUAAAGUUCGUUCGUCAUUCUCAUGUCGGUAGAAGACUCGUCGCCAUGCUCGCCGCGUGCCAACGCUUUAACACGGCCGCGAAAGAUAUGGACCCCUGAGGAAGAUGCAACUCUGAAGACCCUAGUCGCCCGCUACGGAGAUGCACGAGGUCCCCAGGGGUAUUGGAAGGAUAUCGCCGCUGCGCUCCAAGACCGCACCGCCAAGGAUUGUCGAAAGCGAUGGUUUCAUUCUCUUGAUCCAUCUCUCAAAAAGGGUCGAUGGACAGCACAAGAGGAUCUCAUUCUCCUGUCGGCUUAUGCUCGCAUGGGUCCUGCAUGGCACGAUAUCGCCCUCCUGAUACCUGGAAGGAAGGAUGACCAAUGUUCGAAGAGAUACAUGGAUAUCCUGAGCCCUAAAGUCAAGGACCGCCUUAGUGAUUGGUCUCCACAAGAGGACAAAGCUCUCAGAGAGGGUGUUCGGUCACUUGGUCACCGAUGGUCUGCGAUAUCAGCAAAGCUACCAGGCCGACCACCUCUCACCUGUCGUAACAGAUGGCGAGCGUUAUCGAAGACAUCAAAGAGAUCCACUAUCACAGAAGCAUCUCCGUCAAACCCGAGUAAUACAUCAAAUAGCAGCAAUGCUCCACCAACUGACAGCCCCGCACUCUCCUUGACCUCGCUGCUCGUAGCAGCUGGAGGUAAUGCUGGCAUCAGCAACAUCAUCGAUGCCAGUGAUUUAGCUACAUCUGUGGUGGGAAUACACGGCACCGGACUAGAUGUGGACGACUUUCGCUUCAUGGAUGAUCCAACAUCAUACGACUCCAUUCUAGACCAGCCCCUGAGUUCAACAACUAUCUCACCGUGCUUAGAUCUUGGCCACAUAUCCGAGCCGCUACAGCAUUCUUACAACGAAUUCACCUCAGACAGGUCCGAUGGCACCUCAAAAGCACCGAGAUCGACCAGGCCUGACAUCGAGGUACCGAAAAUAACUAAAUUCUCGACGGUAUGCCACUCCGGAGGAUCAUUCCAGACCCCGGAUGCCACUUCAGAGACACCAGUCGUGCCACCAGAUUUAGUCUGUUCAAGAUUGUCGCCAAUCCAGCCCCUUAGCACCUUCGCUGAUUUUAACCUACAAAGUCUGCCGGCGAAUUCGCCUGUAAAUUCAGGACCGCCACAGCAGGUUGUGCUACACCACCACCAUCAUUAUCACCAUCACUACCACCACCAUCACCAUCAUUAUCACGACAAGGAAGAAAAUGGUUCUUGGAAGCAAUUAGAAAGUGCGGCAGAGCUAGAAUCUGUUCAGUCCUAGAUUUGAUAUAUUUGAGAUCCGCGAUGCACUCUUGUUGUGCUAGAUCAGCGCGGCAUCCUCAACUUUGAGCGUUACCUCUUAAGCAAUGACAGGUGAUCAAUUCUUGUAAAGAAGAAUCAAUUGGACCUGACCUUCAACGGGACUCUUUUGUCGCCAUCAGGAUCCUCUUCAUGGAAUCGGUGGUAACGAACGAGGAACAGAACCAAAGGUGGUGUUACCUCAGGUAAUUGUCGGGUUACUAUGGGGUCCACUGUAGCGAACCUCCUUCUCUCCGGAGUAGAAGUUGUGACACAAAAGUGGAACCACAAAUGCGGGUUAUAUACGGCAGAAGUCAAUAGCUCUCUUAUUUAUCAAAAAGACCAAUCGGUCUUAUUUGUAGUCCAUAUAAAAUUUCAAAAUACGGAUCAAGGUACUAGUAUUUAGGGACGAUAAUGUCACACAGCACCGCCAGCCGGACCAAACACCAAAAAACAUACAACACCAG